AUAGUGCUGUUAUCGAUCUAUGAAUAUAUCGAUUUCUAUUUAUAAAUUCACAGUGUUUGUUGACUAGUCUUUAGGGCAACCGGUUUCAGUGUUUGAAUAGUUUUUGUGGUCAGUGAAUUAAGUGUAAUAAAUAAGAAAACAAGUGGAAUGUCUUACAAAGGAUCGGAUUAUGAGGAUGAUGACGAUCUCUUGGGUCGGGGCCAGCCGCCACCAUACCAGGGGAGCGCAACUCGCUUGCCUCCCGCUGCGAGUGCCCCAACCACCACCAUGCACAACACAUCUUCGACAACGGCCGCCGGUGGACCGGUGACCGUCGUGACUGCCCAACCGACCUACCCCACAGCAGUCAUGUACCAGGGGAACAUGAACUUUGUACCGGUCGGCGUCAACGCGGGACAGGGACCUUUCAUAGGCCCCAAGGAGUCGCCAAUGACCUGCCCCUCCUGUCAGCAGAGGAUUACCACUAAAGUUGAAUACCAGGCUACGAUGAGAACACAUGUUUGUGCUCUCAUGUUCUGCAUGGUUGGGUGUAUACCGUGCAUGAUCAUCCCGUACGUCAUGGACAGCUGCAAAAACGCCGACCACUACUGUCCCGAGUGCAACGCGUUCCUCGGCACCUACAUACGAGUCUGAUAAUAUUACUGUGAUAAAUGUAAUCAUAAAUAAAACAAAAGAAUGUUCUCUAGCACAAAUGUGAGGAUAUUAGCUAGUCAACAUGACUACACUAUGUAUAUAGAACUUAGAACCACUUUCUAUUCUAC